CAAAGUAAAUAAAUUACCUUCCACUUCGUCGGUCUAAUUACGACGGUGAAGAACUCGAUCAGAGCGGCUGAUGUGUACUCAACCUGCGGCAGACUCGAUCGGAGUGGCUGCUGUGUACUCCAUCGACGGCGGACCCGAUCGGAGUGGCUGCUGUGUACUCCACCUACUGCGGACCCGAUCGGAGCGGCUGCUGUGUACUACACCGACGGUGCCGAUGGUGGACUCUAAUCCUCUGUUGAUCUCACUUACAGUUCUUCUUCUUCUCCAUCUUCCUCUGUUUUUUAUUCUAUUACUACUUCCUCUUCUUUUCAAUACAUGGAGUAACUAGCCAAGAUGGCUAAGAAUUCUUCUCCUUCUAAUGAUAAACCACACAGUCCUAAAAGCAAUGCUUCAAACUGACGCAGCUCUUUCUAAGUCACAAGCUACUAGGGCUUGUUAGAGAUGCUGGUAUUAGGCCGUUUAGUUAUGUUGCUGAUGAUCCGGAGAAGUAUUUCUCGAUUAUGGAAGCUGUUGGAAGUGUUGAUAUGUCCUUUGGGAUUAAGAUGGGCGUUCAAUACAGUCUUUGGGGAGGGUCUGUGCUCAAUUUAGGAACCAAGAAGCAUAGAGACAAGUAUUUUGAUGGCAUUGACAAUCUCGACUACACCGGUUGCUUUGCCAUGACUGAACUUCACCAUGGAUCAAAUGUUCAAGGACUUCAGACCAUGCAAAAAGAUGAUAAAAGCUUUCUUUUCAAAAGAUGAUAAAACGCUUCUCAAGAUGGUUGUUUGUUUUGUUCUGAUAGCUUUUGUGGUUUAAGGAGAUAGUGAUGAAUUCAUUCAUGAUAGAAAAGUGAGUAUGUUUAUAAGUAGAACAAAGUGACUCAUCGUAUUAUGUUUACAAGUUGAAAAUAAAGUAACUCCUCGUAUUAUCCAA